AUGGCUCCUAAAAGCACAUGGUUGUUCGUGCUGCUGAGCUGCGCAGCCUGCACUCAGGUUCUGGGAGAAAUCAUCAUGAGACCCAGCUGUGCUACCGGAUGGUUUUACCAUAAUUCCAACUGCUAUGGGUAUUUCCGGAAGUCAAGGAACUGGCAUGAGGCUGAGCUCGAGUGCCAAUCACAUGGAAACGGAGCCCACCUGGCAUCUGUUCUGAGUGCAAAGGAAGCCAGCACUAUAGCAGGAUACAUAGCUGGCUAUCAAAAAGUCAAGUCUGUCUGGAUCGGCCUGCAUGACCCACAGAAGAGGCAGCAGUGGAAGUGGAUCGAUGGGGCCAUGUAUUUGUACAGGACCUGGUCUGGCAAGUUUGCGCGUGGGGACAAGUACUGUGCUGAAAUGAACUACCACAAUAAUUUUUUAAGUUGGACCAGCAAUGACUGCAGCAAACGCCAACACUUCCUGUGCAAAUACCGACCAUAG